AUGAGCGGCGGCCCUCCGCCCCCGCCACCGCCGCCGCACGGUGAGAACCCCAAGACGACCCGAAGCGCCGGUCUGCCGCCGGGCAAGUACGAUGUCUUCAUAAUACCUGAGCACUCGGCCGGGGCGGGUUUCCUAUACCUCCCAUCGCUGAGGCCCAACACCAACAGCUUCGUGGCAGGCUUUGCCACGGCCAUCGUACUCGUCGUGGUGGUGCAGAGCAUGGCCCCGGCCUUCAAGCUGUGGUGGUCAAACUUCCAGGGCAUGGGGACGAUGGGGAUGACGAUGCUGACCGUCGCCGUCGGUCUCGGCGCCUGGUCCUUGGGUAGGACGCAGCAGGGUGACGGAGGUUUCCGAGGCGGUGGCGGUCAGGGCCACUCGAGGCACAACUCCCAUAACAGCGGGUCCGGAGCUGGCGGGUUUGGGAAUGGAAGCGCCAACGGUGGAUUUGGGGACUCUGGACCCCCUCCGCCUCCGCCUAGACAUGAGACCCCGCCGAAUCAGAACGGUGGGCCACACCCUCCGCCGCCUGGGUCGGAGAAGCCGAAGCAGUCGUGGCAGCAACGUUCGCCAGAGCCAGAGCAGCACCAUUACCAACAACACCAGCAGCAGCAGGAGCCGCCACCGCCUCCGCCGCCGCCCCCACCACCUCCAAAAGAGGAGCCUAAACCUGAACCUAAACCUGAACCUAAACCUGAACCUAAACCUGAACCUAAACCAGAGCCCAAGCCAGAGGCCAAACCAGAACCUAAACCAGAACCGAAGCCGGAGCCCAAGCAAGAACCCAAGCCGGAGCCCAAACCGGAGCCCAAGCCGGACUACAAGAGCGCCUGGGAGCGUGCAAGGGAGGAGACGCGCAAGAGGGAAGAGGAACGCAAGAAGAAAGAGGAGGAACAAAAGAAGCGAGAAGCCAUCGCGGCGAGGUUGAAGCAGCUCCGUGAAAAGGAGGCCCGCGAGCGAGCCGAGCGGGAGAGGGAAAAGGCCGAGAAGGAGGCCAGGGAAAAGGCGGAACGGGAAAAGAAGGAACGUGAGCUCAGGGAAGCUCUGGAAAAGAAGGAACAGGAGCUGCGCGAACUGCGGGAAAAGGAGCAGAGGGAACGGGAGCUCCGAGAGCUGAGGGCCAAAGAGUUGGCCGAGAGGCUGGCCAAGGAGAGGCUUGAGAAGGAAAAGCUCGAAAAGGAAAAAGCCGAGAGGGACAGGCUAGAAAAAGAGAGGUUAGAGAAGGAGAGGCUCGAGAAGGAGAGGUUAGAAAAGGAACGGUUGGAGAAGGAGAGGUUAGAGAAGGAAAAGGAGGCACAAGAGCCUCGCAAGGGGGGCUCGUACGCAUUCUCGGGCAGCGGCGAGAAGAUCAACCCCUGGCCCAACGGCAAACCGACUGCCGCCCAGCCCGCAUCCCCGAAACCGCCCGCUGCGCCGCGAUCAACAGCCUCAGUUCCAUCACCGAAACCUGCCCCACCACGAUCGACCGCUUCAGUCUCGACACCACCCCCCACCACGCCGAACUCGAAACCCCCGCCACCCAGCGCCAGAACCUACCAGGACGACGAGGAGACGACUUACUCGUACCGACCGUACGACAAGCCCAAGCGGUCUCACCACCGCAAGUCCAACUCGGAGUACUCGGAGUCUUCGUGGGCGCCGUCGCAGAGCACGGCACGUACGACGCCGCCGCCCUCGAUGCGCAUGCCGUACAGCACCAAGGACCCGGACAAGAUUGUGAUCCGGGCCGUGUACGGCUUCCUGAACCAGUUCGCCAAGACGCCCAGCAGCCAGCUCAUCUCGGGCCAGGCGCCCGUGACGGACGGGCUGAUCCUCCGCGUCACGACCGAGGGCCUCUUCAUCGACGACGACGUCCGCGGCGUGCCCCAGCGCGAGUGGGACGUCAAGGCCUGGACCCUGAAGCAGGUCGAGGUCUGGUGCCCAGCCCACGUCGCCGCCCUGGCCGCCCGCGACGACGACAGUGGUCCCAACGUCAAGAAGAACCAGCAGGCAGCGGGCAGCUCGUUCCUGCGCGGAGUCAUGGGCGGCGCCGGAGCACGUCGGGGCGAGACCCGCGGCGCGCCAAAGAUGCUGCUGGGCGAGGAGGCCGACUCCCACCUGGCCGACAUGCUGCGCGAGUGCAGGGACAAGUGCGGCCGAGGCUUGGCGCCCAACCUGGGCGGCGGCAGCAUGUCCCAGGCGACCAAGGGUCUGCAUCUGCUCCGCGCUACCAUCAGGGAUCAGGAGGGCAAGCGGUACCUGUUUGUGGUCGGGGAGGAGGAGGGGUGGAAGGUCGCCGUCGGCCUGCAGAAGCUGCGAAAGGGCUCACAGGCCAGGGGCCUGGGCGUCUCGGGCAUGAGCAGCCUCGAGUCGAGGAACACGCUGGAGAUGCUGGGCUGGCUGGCUUGA